AUGACAAUCCAGCAUCUUGAGCUGGAUAGCAUCCUCGCGUCCUCCUCGUCUGCCGAUUUCUCCAAACGGCGCAAGCUUGAAGACUUGUCAACGACCAUCGCGAAGGCCAAGCGGGUCAUUGUGGUUUCUGGCGCGGGAAUAAGCUGUUCCAGCGGAAUACCCGUCACACCCAGGCUGACAUUUCGGGACUUCCGAUCCGAGAAUGGUCUAUACUCGCUCGUGAAGAAACGGUACCCCGACACGUUCGUCACCGGCAAAGACCUCUUUUCCUCCGGUCUCUUCAAUAACCCUUCUACCACCUCCGUCUUCCUCACCUUCAUCGCGGAGUUAUCGAUCGCGUGCCAAGCGGCUACUCCGACGCGGACACAUCACUUCAUCCAGAAGCUCGACCGGACGGGGAAGCUUCUGCGGUCAUAUACGCAGAAUGUGGAUGGGUUUGAGCGGCGGAUGGGGAUGGAGAGCGGAGGAAGGGGGAAGGGGCUGAGUAAGGCCAAGUCGAGGAAUGUGGAGCUGCAUGGGGAUCUUGGGAGGGUGCGGUGUUGUCUGUGUCAAACGGACUAUCCGUCGACGGAGCAGUAUGUGGGGGAUUAUCGGGAGGGGUUGAUGCCGGAUUGUCCAGCGUGCGAGGAACGAUGCGAUGAACGCGUCAAGCGAGGCUCCCGAGCACUGGCGGUAGGAACUCUUCGACCCGCCAUUGUCCUAUACGACGAGCCCCAUCCACUCGGCGACCAAAUUGGCGAGCUCCAAUCCCACGACCUCAAAAAGGGCCCCGAUGUCCUGCUUAUCAUGGGCACUUCGCUCAAAGUGCACGGACUCAAGAAUCUCGUCAAGUCCUUUGCGAAGCGGAUACACGAGCACGAGAACCCCAAGCGGCGGGGCAUCGUUGUAUUCGUAAACCAGACCAAGCCGGGGAAGGAGUGGGAAGGUGUGAUUGACGUGCAUGUGCAAGGGGAGACGGACAAGUGGGUGGAGAGGGUAGAGGAGGUGUGGAGGCGCGUCAAGCCGGGAGAUUGGGAGGUGCAGACUACGCUGGAUGGGCCGGUCAGGGCGCAGGUCGAGGUGGGGUCGAAGGCAAAGACUACGCCAAAGAAGGGGAAGGGUGAGCUCAAUUUCUCCGCAAUCGAUUCGAGGUAA